GUGCUCUCUCUCCAGCACACGGCCCCAUCGGAAGAUAGCAUCCAGGGCUGUGAGCCAGGCAUGGUGCUAGGGGAAGCGCCUGAGUCUACUCAGUGUCCAUCCCUCAGCAGCCUGAACACCACGGAUGUGGUUCGGAGAAGACACAAGAGGAGAAGCCGGCAGCACCAGCGGUUCAUGGUCCGGAAGGCCUUGCUGCAGGAGCAGGAGCUGUUGAGCAUGGCACCAGGGCCAGGACCCUGCCCUCUGUCCCCCACAUCACAAACACCAGGAGGCACAGAGGCUUCGGGCAGCAAGAGACAGCGUCCGAAGGCCAGGUCCAGCGGCAGAGGCCCACGCAGCAAAAGGCCUGUCCCCAGAGAAGCCCCAAGGCCUGGGCCCAGCAAGUAUGUGGCCAUUGACUGUGAGAUGGUGGGCACAGGCCCCCGAGGGCGGGUGAGCGAGCUGGCCCGCUGCUCUGUGGUGAGUUACGCCGGUGAAAUUCUCUACGACAAGUACGUCCGGCCUGAAAUGCCCAUUGUGGACUAUCGCACCCGCUGGAGUGGCAUCACCCGCCAGCACAUGCACAAGGCUAUCCCCUUUCAGGUAGCCCAGAAGGAGAUCCUUAAGCUGUUGAAGGGCAAGAUGGUGGUAGGGCAUGCACUGCACAACGACUUCCAGGCCCUCAAGUACAUCCACCCUCGGAGCCAGACCCGGGAUACCACUUAUGUCCCGAACCUGCUCAGCCAGCCCUGCACCCUCACCCGAGCUCGGGUCUCUCUUAGGGACCUGGCCCUGCACCUGCUGCACAAGAAGAUCCAGGUAGGUCACCAGGGCCACUCAUCUGUGGAAGAUGCUAUGACCGCCAUGGAGCUCUACAAGCUGGUGGAAGUGCAGUGGGAACAGCAGGAGGCCAGCAAUGCCAAGGCCCAUCCUGAGGACAUGGGACCUGAUAGCAGCACAGACAUGGAGCAAUACAUGGAGGACCAGUACUGGCCUGAUGACCUGGCCCAGAGUGCCAGUGGAGAAACCAGGGAGGCCCAAGACAGAAGGGAGUGA